GAAUGUUGAAUUCUUGUCCCACAAGAAAGUAAGCAACAACAACAACACCACCAAGCACGGUUCAACCAUUAUAAAACCUCUAAACACCACACAACAAAACAAACCACACUUCAAAGUUACAAAAACUACUCUGUUUUUUUUUCUUCCCGGUAACCGGUCAGCUGCACCAUGAACAGCAGCGAAAACAACCAAAACAGCACAGUAAAAUCGUUAGAUUUCAAUAACUUAAAAGUUAUCUCCGCCGUGGGACGCGGCGCCAAAGGCGUCGUGUUCCUCGCAACAACCGGUAACCAGUCAUCUAACGAGUGUGUUGCUCUUAAAGUAAUAUCAAAAGAUCUUUUAAAUCAGAAGAAAUCAAAGAACAAUCCAGAAGGUUCUGGAGAGUAUAAGAGAGCUUCAUUUGAACAAGAAGUGCUACGUCGUUUUGAUCAUCCACUUUUGCCACGGUUGCGUGGUGUUUUCGAAACGGAGAAAAUCGUUGGAUUCGCCAUUGAUUAUUGCCAUGGCGGUAAUCUCCAUUCUCUCAGAAAGAAACAAUCUGAGAAAAUGUUCUCCAAUGACGCUAUUAGGUUUUAUGCAGCUGAAUUGGUUCUAGCAUUGGAAUAUCUUCAUGAUUCAGGAAUAGUGUAUAGAGAUUUGAAGCCAGAUAACGUGAUGAUUCAAGAAAACGGUCACAUAAUGCUAGUAGAUUUCGAUCUAUCUACAAAGCUGAAACCUAAAUCGCCACUUCAAUCACUGAGUCAUGACUCGUCAGAUAGAUCUAAUUCUUCGAAGGAGAAACACGCGAAUAAGCGAUUGUUUUCGCGAUUCUACCGUUGUAACUCGGGGAUCUCGCCGUGUGACUCGGAUUUUGAAUUGCAAAAUAGUGUGAACUCGAUGAAACGGAACGAAUCGGAAUCGGUUGAGAAAUCGAACUCGUUCGUUGGAACGGAAGAUUACGUGGCACCUGAAAUUGUAAACGGAAAAGGUCAUGGUUACGAAGUUGAUUGGUGGUCGUUAGGUGUCGUAUUGUACGAAAUGUUGUACGGAACGACGCCGUUUAAUGGGAUAAAUAGGAAAGAAACGUUUUACAGGAUUUUGUCAAAAGAACCUGAGUUAACGGGAGAGAAAACGGCGUUAAGGGAUUUGAUUAGGAAAUUGUUGGAAAAGGAUCCUGACCGUAGGAUCAAGGUAGAUGAAAUCAAGGGUCAUGAUUUCUUUAAAGGAGUAAAGUGGGACACGGUGUUGCAAUUAGCAAGACCACCUUAUAUUCCUCCUUUGAUUGAAGUUGAGAAUGAGAAAACUGUGGGGUAUAGUAAAAGCUAUGUGGAGGUGUUUGUUCAUGAAGUGUUUUUUCCUAAGGGUGAUGAUGGUAAUAAUGAAGAGAAAAAGAGUAAUAAAAUGGAAGAAAAGAAGGGUAAUGGUGAGGAAAAGAGGGUGUGGAUUGAUAAGUUGAGUAGUAGUCUCAAUGAGGAUGAUGAUUUUUUAAUUUUUUGAUGAGAUUUUUUUUUUAUAUAAGUAUUUAUUUUUGUAGAUUAUAUAUUAUUAGGCAUAAUCUUAGUUCUAACUAUAAUAUUAUUUUUUGUUUAUAGAAGAAAUGAUAAAUAUAACAUGAAAUCUCACACAAUGACACAAAUGAAAGAAUUAUAGUCUAUGAUAAUAAAAGCAGUAUGGUUCUAGCAA